AAAGUUCAUCUGGUGUCGUCCAAAAGAUUAUCGCUGGUGCAACUAUUUUCUUAUUUGUAUCAUUAAAGCAUGGAAGCAAUAUUUGUGUACGAAUAACUUCCUUCUUUCAUACAUUUUAUAUAAAUUGUGAAUACCAUGUAUAUGUAUGUGUACGUACAUUCACCGAAAUAGUGAACGAAAAUAUGUCCAGCUGUCAAGUAAUAAUCGUGGGCACUAUUAAGUUAGAAUUAGUUUUCUUAAGAUGUAUGUACUUUAAAUUUACAUAAAAUUGUUUAUAAAUGAAUUUAUUUGUAUAGAGACAUCGCGUCAAUGCUCGUAUAUACAUAUGUAGAUAUAUACCGUAUUUUGUCGUACUAUUUUUAUAACUAAUGUAUUCGUAUCAUUUUUGUGCAUUAUCAUAUUAUACUAUCAUUUUGUUCAUUAUCAUCACGAACACUGUCAGAGAAUAAAAAAGAACAGACUUUAUCAUCACAGAAACGAUUGUGUCACUGUUUUCCGACAACAAUAUUUCUGAAUAAGAAAUUACGUUGACUAUCUGAAGUAACAUAAGUAAAAGUAAUGAAAGGGGGAAAAAAUAGUUUUCAUAGGUCUAUAUCGUGUCUCAUCAAAAAGUCAUCUUCCUUUAAUAAUGUCCACCCAUGAAGUACUGCAUUUUUUCUGCUUGAAUUAGCGGUCAUUUCGCGAUUGGUUGAAUUAAUGAUCAACAUGAAAAAACGGGGUGCAUUACUAAUAAGCUUUAUAAGAAUCAUCCCUCAGAUGCGUGGGGAACGUUGUACAGUGAACAUCUUUGGCAGCUAGCUUUCCGCAUUGACGUGACUUCAAGUUCUUAUGCUAAGAUACAGAAAUUCUAAAUUACAUUUCACGCAUAUGAAAUCGUUGUUUUGCCGAUGAAACAAAGAUGAAUGUGUCAACGUUUUUUACAUUACUCACGUGUACUGGCUGUUGGCGACCACUUACAUGGACCACGCCGUUGAAAAUAGUAAUUUACAACAGUUACUCUGCUUUUAUUAUACUCUUGUCUAUCGCCUUCUUAGUUUCUGGAAUCGGCAGUCUCUUCACUGUAGAGAAUAUAGAUGAAUUCGUGGAAAAUACUUAUAUAUUAACUAGUGUGGCUAGCGGUUGUUGCAAAAUGAUGAACGUAUUGCUCAAGCGUAAAGAAAUUAUGAACCUGAUGAACGCUUUUCUGACGGCACCAUGCACUCCAUCAAACACUGACGAAGCCGAGAUUCAAUUAAUAUGCGACAAUCGAUUAUGGAAGACCGCUUUGGGAUAUACAAUAAUGGUCCAAACUUCAGUCAUCAUGACCAUUCUCAAUUCGUUCAUAAUCAACUAUCAGUAUAAGAGAUUAACGUACAGAGCCUGGAUACCUUACGACUACACGAUCUCGGUUGUUUUUCCAUUGACUUUUACUUUGCAGCUGCUAUGCGUAGUUCUACUCUCCCUGAUACACAUUGCUGCCGAUAUUCUAUUUGUCGGCCUGUUAAUGCAAUUGAAAUGCCAAUUCGAUAUUCUUCUGUCUCGUCUAAACAACGUAACGUCUAAUACGAAAGCUAGCUUACAGAGAUUUGUCCGCCACCACAACCGUAUUUACCAACUAGCUGAUAUGAUAAAUAAUACUCUAAACUUAAUUAUUAUUGCUCAAUUUUUGGGAAGCUUUAUGGUGCUUUGCUUAAGUUUAAUACAAUUAUUGAAGGCAGACAUAUUCAGCACCGAAUUUCUGGCGGCUAUAUUUUACCUGUCUACGAUUCUACUGCAGACUUUUCUUUAUUGUUGGUACGGAAAUGAAAUAAAGCUGAAGGGUAUGAAUUUAGCUGAUGAGAUCUUUCAAAGUGAUUGGACAGAACUAAACGAGGAAGCUAAGACGAUACUCUUGAUCGCCAUGAAUCGAACACUCUCCCCCGUAGAAUUUGAAAGCGCGCACGUGGUAACAGUAAACGUCAAUUUCUUUAUGAAUGUUAGUAAUAAUGUACAUAUUUCCACGCGUUAUGUUUUUACUGAUACUAAGUUCAAAAGCCGAUACAAAAUUCAUUUUCAACUUGGAUUAAAGAAAUACGAUACGGGGUGCAUGACUAAUAAGCUUUAUAAGAAUCAUCCCUCAAACGUGUACGAGACAUCGGGAAUGCGCGGGUUUUUCGUGGUUCAGAUCCUAAUUGAAAAUCUCAUUGAAAGGAAUAUGAGAGUGUCGACAUUCUUUACGCUCCUAUCGUGUUGUGGGUGUUGGCGACCAAUCGCAUGGUCAUCGACACUAAAGACAGCGAUUUACAAUACCUAUACACUGUUGUUUAUACUACUUUCCAUUGGCUUCAUAGUUACUGCAAUUGGCAGCAUCUUCAGCGUAGAAAACAUCGACGAAUUCGCGGAGAUUAUGUAUAUAUUAAUUACCAUCUGCGUCGGCUUUUGCAAAUCGAUCAACGUGCUGCUUUAUCGAGAAAAAAUUAUAGCUAUGAUGAACGUCUUUUUGGAGGAACCAUGCGCUGUCUCGGAUAUAGAAGAAACGGAAAUCCAAUUGAAAUACGAUAAUCAAGUGCAGAAAAAUGCGCUUCGAUAUUUGUUACUAAUUGAAUCUUCGGUUGGCAUGACCAUUUUGAGCUCGAUAUUAACGAAUUACAAGGAUCGUAGACUAACUUAUAGAGCUUGGCUGCCUUACAAUUAUACUUCUGCGAUAGUUUUCCCGUUUACGUUCGGUUGUCAGCUGUUAUCCGUAUCGCUGAUGUCGUUCGUGCACGUUGCGACCGAUGUCCUAUUUUUCGGAGUGCUCAUGCAAAUCUGUUGCCAAUUCGAAAUUCUUCUGUUUCGUCUGAACAAUGUAGCAACGAAUAGCAAGAUCGUUUUGCGGAGAUUUGUUCGUCAUCACAACUGUAUUUACCAACUAGCAGCGAUGAUGAACGAUGCCCUGAACUUAAUGAUCUUCUCGCAAUUUUUCGGGAGCUUCGUGGUGCUCUGUCUGAGCCUCGUUCAAUUACUGAAGGCAGAUAUUUUGAGCACGGAAUUCUUAGCAACGGUAUUUUAUCUGACUACCAUCCUAAUGCAGUGUUUCCUUUAUUGCUGGUAUGGAAACGAAGUGAAACUGAAGAGCGUCGAUCUAGCUGACGCGAUCUUUCAAAUCGAUUGGACAGGGUUGAAUACAGACGCUAAAAAAAUACUUCUAAUCACGAUGACUCGGACGCUGUCACCUAUAGAAUUAGACAGUGUGCACGUAAUCACAGUGAACAUCGACUUCUUCAUGAACUUGCUUAAAAGUUCCUACUCGCUGUACAACGUGCUACAAAACUCUCAAAAAUAGGAGCAAAGAAUAAACCGUGGUUGAAGCACGGACAAUCUCUAUCCUGUGCUCUCGUUUCAAUUGCCAUGUACUAACGACCAACAUAGAAAAAAUAUAUGUCAUAGUUAUUGUUACGUUACUGUUAUAUGUCGUUAUAAUAAAACUGAUCUAAUUACAGCUACUGUGAUCCUUCCAGUUGAUACACAACGAAUAAUCGUAGUCAAACCAUUGAUCGAUAAAAUCUACAUCGAUCGUCUGAUCGUUAGAUGAAAAGCAUUCGUUCAUGAUUUGUAAGUGAUACGCAUAUCCGAGGACCGUUCGAUCCAGCCAGUGUCUCCUGAUUGGAAGGUGAGAGAAAU